UCGUCGUCUCCCCCGCUAGAGUAGAGGCCAGAAACCUCUAAUUCUACGUUCAAACCUCGUUCCAUCUUGAAGAGACGCCAUUGACGACUAUUCUCCUCCAUGUAAACCCUCCUCCAUCUCUUCUCUUCACUCUCCAUGUAUCCACUACAUCUUCGACUCCUGCCGGUUCUCUUUGAUCAAUUCCUCUAGAACGCUGUAUCCCUUUCUUGUUUGCGAGAUUGAGAGAGAGGGAGAGAUCCGGAGGCGGUCGAAUUCUCCGGUGGUGGAAAUAUGGUGAGGUUGCCCUACUCGACCGCACUCACGACGCUGUUCAGCUAUGGCCUCCUCUUCGCGUUCGGGCAGCUCAGGGAUUUGUUCCGGAAGAUAAUCGAUUGGUUCAAAUCCAGCUCCGAGGACCUCAAGGGGUAUGCGCCGAUCUGCUUAGGGCUGGAAGACUUCUAUACCCGGCGCCUCUAUCUGCGCAUUCAGGAUUGCUUUUGUCGACCAAUUGCAAGUGCACCAGAUGCUUGGUUUGAUGUGGUGGAACGGUACUCCGAGGACAGUAACAAGACCUUACAUCGGACCUCGAAGACUUCCAAGUGCCUUAAUCUGGGAUCCUACAACUACCUUGGUUUUGCAGCGGCUGAUGAAUACUGCACACCUCGUGUAAUUGAAUCUUUAAAGAAGUAUUCUCCCAGCACCUGCAGUAUCCGUGUUGAUGGAGGAACAACUGACUUGCAUACUGAGCUGGAGGAGCUAGUUGCAAGGUUUGUUGGAAAACCAGCUGCUGUAACUUUCGGCAUGGGUUAUGCUACAAAUUCUACCAUUAUUCCUGCUUUGAUUGGGAAGGGAGGACUCAUCAUUAGUGAUUCUUUGAAUCAUAACUCAAUUGUAAAUGGUGCUCGAGGAUCAGGUGCAGCAAUACGUGUUUUCCAACACAAUAAUGUGGCGCACUUGGAAAAGGUCCUGAGAGAACAGAUAGCUGAGGGACAACCUCGAACUCACAGGCCAUGGAAGAAGAUUAUCAUCAUUGUCGAAGGCAUAUACAGCAUGGAAGGAGAACUUUGCCCGCUUGCUGAGGUUAUAGCUGUUUGCAAGAAAUAUAAGGCAUACAUCUACUUGGACGAGGCUCAUAGCAUUGGUGCUGUUGGGAAAUCUGGCAAAGGAGUCUGUGAGCUCCUAGGAGUGGAUCCAGCUGAUGUUGACAUCAUGAUGGGCACAUUUACAAAAUCAUUUGGAUCCUGUGGAGGAUACAUUGCAGCAUCCAAGGAAGUUGUCCAAUACCUAAAGUACACUUGUCCAGCACAUGUUUAUGCAACUUCCAUGUCUCCACCUGCUGUGCAGCAAGUUAUAUCAUCACUUAAAGUCAUUCUCGGAGAAGAUGGAUCAAGUAGAGGGUCCCAGAAACUUGCACAGAUUCGUGAAAAUAGUAAUUUCUUCCGAUGUGAACUUAAGAAGAUGGGAUUUGAAGUCCUCGGUGACAAUGACUCUCCGAUUAUGCCAAUAAUGCUUUAUAACCCAGCAAAGAUUCCAGCCUUUUCUAGGGAAUGUCUCAAGCAAAAUGUUGCUGUUGUCAUGGUUGCAUUUCCUGCCUCACCUCUUCUUCUUGCUAGGACUCGAAUUUGCAUAUCAGCUGCACACUCUAGGGAAGAUCUGCUUAAAGGGCUGGAGGUUAUUAGCAAAGUUGGUGAUCUAGUGGGGAUCAAGUACUUCCCCACCGAACCACCAAAGCAUGAGACCAAAGUAUACAAGGUGGAGUAGAAAACCAUUUAGUGUGGAUUGAUCGACCGAAAAAUCACCUUACUAGAAGCAAAUUCAACCAAUCUAUCCAUAUGAUAAAUUUCCUGUGUACAAUGUAACUAAGUUAUGAUAACCAAAGAUGGAUUUGUGUUUUUGUAUACCCUACCCUCUCAAUUCUAGUGUAGAAUCAAAGACAGUUUAAUUUGGUUUCUUGUUUAAUUUCCUCUCAGGCUGUGUAGUAUGUAUUUCUUGUGUAAGAAUGUGUUUUGCUAAUGAAACUUGUACAUGAUUUUCCUUGUCAA